AUCUUAAGAACAUGGAGUACUCGCGGUAAAAUAGAAGACACAAGAGAUAUCAGAGCAGUCUUUAGAAUCACCCUAGUCCUUUACCAUUCCUCCUUCCCUCUCUCGACUCAAAUCAAUGGGAAUCGAGAUCUGCUGACUCAUCAUGAUCGGCGAUGCCAACAUCAACAUCCGAAAAGACAGCAGACACCAACAAUUCAUCAUCUGGAAUAUCAUUCGGAGAAUUAAAAUAUAUAAGGUCACCUCACAACUCCAUCUCCAUUGCAAUUGAGACAUUAUCUCAACCGGAGUUGACAUACCACGAACAGGAGAACAUUUAAUAUCCAGACGAAGCCAGCCCUCGGCAAAGAAUGUCAUGGCAGUCUCAAUUUUCACCUCCCCACCCCUUAUAAUAACCCUCUCUCUAGCCCUCCGCGUCACCCUCCUAAUCUAUGGCUCCUGGCAAGACGCCGUCUCCCCCGUCAAAUACACAGACAUCGACUACCUAGUCUUCACCGAUGCUGCACGCUACGUCUCUCAGGGUCUAUCACCCUACUCCCGCGAUACCUACCGCUACACACCACUCCUGGCAUGGCUCCUCGUCCCCACUACCUGGAACGUAGCCGGAUUUUCGCUGUUCUCAUUCGGGAAGGUCCUGUUUGCUGCUGCGGAUGUGGUGGCCGGAUGGUUGGUUGCCAAGUGUUUAAGGACGCAUUAUGGGAUGGAUACCGGGAGGGCGAUGAAGUUUGCGUGUGUGUGGUUGUUGAAUCCUAUGGUUGCGAAUAUUAGUACCAGGGGGAGUUCGGAGGGGUUGUUGGGGGUUCUUGUUGCGGGGGUUUUGUGGGCUGCGUUGAGUAGGAGGGUUGUGGUUGCGGGGAUGUUGUUGGGGCUGGGGGUGCAUUUUAAGAUUUAUCCAUUUGUUUAUGGGGUGUCGAUUCUGUGGUGGCUGGGCGCCUCCACGUCCUCCAAGGACAGCGACAAAGACAAGGGCAGCAAUGGCAAAGAGAAAACGAUACCACAGUCCAUCACCGGCUUCAUCACCCCAUCCCGCAUCCUCCUAACCCUCACGGCCCUGACAACCUUCCUUGCCCUAAACAUAACCAUGUACACCCUCUACGGCAACCCCUUCCUCCAACACACCUAUCUCCACCACCUCACCCGCAUAGACCACCGCCACAACUUCUCACCCUACAGCACGCUGCUCUAUCUCGCCUCCGUGGACGGCGGAAACGGGUACGGGUAUAGAUUCGAGUCGUUGGCGUUUAUCCCGCAGAUUCUGCUUUCAGUGGUUGUGAUUCCGGUGGUGCUGGCGAAGAGGGAUUUGGCGGGGGCCAUGCUUGCACAGACAUUUGCAUUUGUGGGGUUUAACAAGGUUUGUACGAGUCAGUAUUUCCUGUGGUACCUUAUCUUCCUCCCGUUCUACCUACCAAACUCGUCUCUGUUGAAGAAACCCCAACUGGGGCUGUUAGUUGCUGCGUUAUGGGUUAUUGCUCAGGCACUCUGGCUCCACCAAGGUUUUCGUCUCGAAUUCCUCGGGAUAUCGAGUUUCGUGCCAGGGUUAUUUUUAGCAGGCUUGUUUUUCUACGUCGUUAACUGCUGGAUUCUAGGAAUCCUGAUCCAGGAUGCUGGGGGACUAUCGGCGCAAGAGCAGGUUGCGAAAUAGCAUCCUACCACCAAUCAUUGCGCACUUCAAUGGGACAUACAGAUGCAGAAGUAAUGAAACUUUUGUCCAUUAUGCUACCCCAUAAACUAGUAAA